AUGGAGGAAGAGGGUUUAAGCAAGCGCAAGGAAGAGCCAUGGCGAGUUCUCGAAUUCUACAGUGGUAUCGGUGGCAUGAGAUAUUCAAUAAUGAAGGCUGGUGUGAAUGCAACUAUGGUGGAAGCCUUCGACAUAAACGACGUCGCUAACGAUGUUUAUGCGCACAACUUCGGACACCGACCCUAUCAGGGUAAUAUUCAAACGUUGCGUGCUGCUGAUCUUGACAGCUACCAGGCGCAUGCAUGGCUUCUUUCUCCUCCUUGCCAGCCUUACACUAGACAAGGUCUCCAAAAAGACUCAAGUGAUGCUCGGGCCUCCUCUUUUCUCAAAAUUCUCGAACUUAUACCACAAACUUUGCGACCUCCACUGAUGCUCUUUGUGGAGAAUGUUGUUGGAUUCGAGACAUCUGAUACACAUAGGAAAAUGGUUGAGAUGUUGGAAGAAACUCAUUUUCUUAUACAGGAGUGCAUUUUGAGCCCACUGCAGUUUGGUGUGCCCUAUUCUAGGCCACGUUACUUCUGCCUGGCCAAAAGAAAACCUUUAUCAUUUGGGAACCCACAGUUCAGCAUGCAGCUUCUUUUGGGCCCAGGCCUAUUAUAUGGGCGUGAUGAAAACACCAUGAUCAAUGAAGGUGAACAAGCACAUGAGGGUUGGGAUAAUUUGCUUCAAGCUUGUGUGCCUAUAGAGAGUUUUCUUGAACUCAAGAACUAUUGCAAACAAGGGGAUUCAGAAUCUGGCCUUUUGCAUGCCAAUGUUUCUUCAGAUGUUUCUGAAACAUUGGAGGAAACUGAUGAAGGAAAUGAAUCCUUCAGCUCUUCAAACCAGUAUUUUGUUCCAUUAAGCUUGGUAGAGCGAUGGGGAAGUGCCAUGGAUAUUGUCUAUCCUGCUUCAAAGCGGUGUUGUUGUUUUACAAAAAGUUAUUAUCGAUACGUGAAGGGUACUGGUUCCCUCUUGGCAACGGUUCAGGUAGGAUUUCCAUGCAAGCAUGCUGAAGCUAUGUUAAUAGCUGAGAUAUAUGUGCGGGUACUUGCAUGUUUGCCAUUAUUUUGUUUAUGCAAUGUAACAGUUAAAUGUGGAAACUAGGUAGGCUUCUCACAACAUAUAUUUACCUUCUUUGGUGCAUUUUUUGGCUUUUCGAAUUUUCAAGAGUCUUGAUGGGUCACAUUGAGGAUAAAGCAAAUAUUUUUCCAGAAAAGACCAAUUCCCUUCUCUCAUUCAUACACAUUUUUUGCCAAUAUCUUGUCUGUUUCUCUAGACCCAUGCCUCUUCUCUCUCUUCCUCUCCGUUUGUUGCACUGCCAAUAACCAUGUACAAUGGACUCACUGCAACCUCGCAGGUUUCUGCUGUCCCUCUCUCUCUCUUUCUCAAAUUUUACAAUUUUUAUUCAAGCUUGAACAAGUUAAAAUAGCAAUUUUUAUCUCCCAGUCUAAUGGUGUGCAGGACGUU